AUGGACAACGGAGGACGUUACAUAGAUACUAGAGGCAUACCCUUUAAACAAGUCCCCGAAGAGCAUAAACAGGAGAUACAGCAGUACAUAGCCGACGGCAAAAUCACGCCUAGCGAAGCCGGGACCUCAAGAACUAGCAGUACAUUGAGAACCACCGAGGUAGACCUGAGCCACCUCAGCGAAAGCAGAAGGCAGAAGCUGGCCGAACGAAUGUACCAGACUCGCGAUGAGUGGGACCGUAGUGAGUUCUCUGCGAGUACUGUCGAUGGAGGCUCCGUUGCACGUAGCCAUAAGGCAAGCCAGGUAGGCUUCGGCGACCUGAGAAGCGCUCCCCAGACCCGGCGCGCUCCUACAGCUCCAGCCUUGACUACUCGAGGUCAGAGGGCCCCGAGAAACCUGGGCAGCAGUCCCCUCGCCGGCGGCUUUGUGCCUGCCCCGAAGGAACCCGCUGUGACUGGUGCCUUUGCGCCUGUCCCCAAGCCACCCGCUGCGACCAGUGCUUUUGUGCCUGCUACUACUACUGGAAUUGGCGGUUUUGAACCUAGCUUCAAGGCAACCACUGCUGCCGGUGCUUUUGUGCCUCCCCCCAAAGCACCUACUACGACCGGCGGUUCUGUACCUGGCAGCAAGGCACCUACUGCCAUCAGCGCCACGACGACAGUUGUUCGCGACCCGACCGUCAACCCAGGACGAACCACGACUGCCCUCUCCCCAAAGGUUGCCAAGGAUGCGUCGCAGCUUGGGACUGGCUCCUCCGAGCAGACGGAGGAAGAGUUCAAGGAGCUUAUUGACGAGAUGGUGGCUCUACAGCAGGGCAUGUCUCUUAACGAGCAGAAGCAGAGGUGGAUGUUCUUUAACAUCCAGAAGCAGCGGAAGGGGAAAGAGGAGGAUAAUAACUAG